AGGCAACUCACUGGCUUCCGUUGCAUCCAGGGAGUCGUCCUAUUCUGCCGCACGCCGCCCCCAGAUCUCCGUCGCCGCCCGCCCAUCACCAUCCCUCCGCAGCCUCCGGACGGGUUGUGAACAAUGAGGGAUCAAUUUCAAAAUCAUACUUUUUACUUCUGAAACAAAGCCGGCCUUUGCUCCCAACAUCUCACCCCACGUGGACCUUCUCCUGAUGUCAGAUGCCACUCCACUGGAGCUCCGGUCUUGCCGAUUGGAGUAACAAGUGUUUAUUCUCCGCUAACCAAGAUGGAGUGUGGCAGCGGUGCAGUGUAGAAGCGUACGUAUAUAAGGGCUUUUUCCAUCCAGUUAACUAACAGUUGAGACUGUGCUGUGUGGUCAGACUUGUUCCUAAAGCAUCAUGGGCAAGAUUAUAUUCUAUGAGGACAGGGAUUUCCAGGGUCGCUCUUACGAGUGUCACUCUGAAUGCCCAGAUUUAUCCUCAUACUUUAGGCGUUGCAACUCUAUCCGUGUAGAAAGUGGAAACUGGAUCCUAUAUGAACACCCCAACUACAGAGGACACCAGUAUUUUCUGCAUAAAGGAGAUUAUCCUGACUUCCAGCAAUGGAUGGGUUAUAAUGACUCCAUUAGGUCUUGUCGCAUUAGCCCACAGUACCAAGGUUCAUUUAGAAUAACCAUCUAUGAGAAACAAGAUUUCAGAGGUCAGAUGAUGGAGUUCAGUGAAGACUGUCCUCACGUGUAUGAGCAAUUUAGUUACAAUGAUAUUUAUUCUUGCCAAGUGCAUGAUGGAUACUGGAUGUUCUAUGAAGAGCCCAACUACAGAGGACGUCAGUAUUACCUGAGGCCUGGAGAGUACAGAAGAUACACUGACUGGGGAGCAACAUCUCCUAAAAUUGGCUCUUUUAAGCGUGUCCAUCAUUUCUACUAACCUAAGAAAAAGGAACCAUAGAGUUUAAUUAUUUCAGUCAGGAAAUAUAAGAAAUGUUCUUAACCAAGCCAACAAUAAGCUCCUUUGGACAUAUCCACAAUUUCUAUGAAGCUGAGGGAAACAUUAAAGUAGAAGAAAAGAAGAAAACUA